AUGCCUAUUCGAACUUAUUUUGAUAUCGAUAUUGAUGACCAACGUGAAGGUCGAAUUGUCUUUGAAUUGUUCAAUAAUGUUGUACCUAAAACUGCGGAAAAUUUUCGUGCGCUUUGUACAGGUGAAAAGGGCACUACUUCAUCGGGCGUGCCACUUCAUUAUAAAGGAUCCAUAUUUCAUCGUGUAAUAAAGAAUUUUAUGUGUCAAGGUGGAGAUUUUACUAAAGGUGAUGGUACUGGUGGUGAAAGUAUUUACGGGGAAAAAUUCGAAGAUGAAAAUUUUGAAUUGAAACAUGACCAACCGUUCCUCUUAUCUAUGGCAAAUGCUGGUCCUAAUACAAAUGUUUUCGGUAAAGUAAUAAAUGGAAAAUCUUUAGUUCGGUCUAUUGAAAAUAUUCCGACUGCUAAUGAAAGGCCUAUAAAGACUGUUAAAAUUGUUGACUGUGGAGAAUUGAAGGAAGGAGAAGAUGACGGUAUUGUAGAACCCGCAGACGGUGAUAUUUACGAGGAUUGGCCUGAGGAUCAACCAAGAAAAUUGGAAUCAAAAGAAUUGCUUGAAAUUGCUCGAAAAAUAAAGGAAAUCGGAAAUAAUUAUUUCAAAAGCUCGGAAUACGACAAAGCCUUCAAAAAAUACGCAAAGGCUAUUCGAUAUUUAAAUGAGGAUCCUUCUUUCGAAAAUGAAGAAUCUAAUACACUAAGUAAAGAAUACUAUUUGUUGAAGAUUUCUUGUAAUCUUAAUGAAGCAGCUUGCUCAUUAAAAUUGGAAAAGUGGAUAGAUGUAGUUGAAGCCACAAAUUUAGUAUUGGAUACUCCUUCGGAAAUUUUGUCAGUAGCUGAUAAAACCAAAGCAUUAUAUAGACGUGGAUGUGCUAAAAUUGGAUUAAAAGAUGAGGAAGAAGCCAUAAAAGAUUUAAAAGAAGCUCGUAAAUUAAGUCCGAAUGAUUCUGCUAUUUCUAAAGAACUAUCAAAAGCUAAUCAAAAACUUAAAAGUAGAGAGCAAGCCGAGAGAAAAGCUUAUAGUAAAAUGUUUGAAUAA